UUUAGAAGGACUGAACUUGAAUGUGCAGAUACAAAACAAUUAGACUUUUACCAGUAGUGAGUAGAUUUAAUAAUGGCUAAGGCACUUUCAGAUAAUUCUGACUCCGAUUUCUCGGAAGAAGAACAGAGUCCAUUGGACAAAGCUUUCACUAAAGCAUCAGAUCAUGUAAGGAAAAUAACUUCAAAGCUAGACAACACUCAGCUUUUAGAAUUGUACGGUUUGUACAAGCAGAGUACGGAAGGAAAGUGCAAUACUCCAAAACCCGGUUGGUUAGAUGGGAAGGGGAGAAAGAAAUGGGAAGCCUGGAAAAAUCUUGGUGACCUAUCCAGUGACGAGGCGAAGCAAAAGUACAUAGACCUAGUACAAAAUUAUGACCCUAACUGUGAACUCGUCUCGCAAAGCGGACAAAAAGAAACUUGGGUCACUGUCUCCUCGUUGCAGUACACCCCUGAACCAGAACUUGUCGACAAUGAAUUGUCUCUAUUCGAUGCAUCGAGGGAAAACAUGGGAGAUCUCGUCACUGACUUGUUAAUGAAAAACCCUGAGUUAAAGGAAGAGAAAGAUGCGGAUGGGUUGACAGCACUACAUUGGGCUGCCGAUCGAGAUGCUACUCGUGCUUUAAAAGCUGCUAUCAAAGGUGGCUGCAGUGUCGAUGCUGUAGAUAAUUUUGGUCAAACAGCUCUCCAUUAUGCAGCAUCAUGUGGCCACGUAGAAUCUACUAAAAUUCUUCUAGAUGCUGGAGCUACAUUUCUAAAAGAUGAUGAGGGCUGUACUCCUUUAGAUUUAGCCACGGAUAAGGAGGUCAGGGCAAUUCUGAAAAGUGCUAUGAAGUAGUUUAGGAUAUAAUAUAUAAAUGUACAAUAUUUAGUGUUCUAUUAGUUAUUUGGAAUAAAAUUUUUAACUUAUA